CCAGCACUGCGCAGCACGCGCUCAGUAACCAAAGCGCCGGGUGGUCUCGACACUGCGGAAUGUGAAGCGUUCAGCAUGCGUUCGCGUUUGUGCGUCAGUAACAUCAAAAGCGUCCUCGUGCAUGAGUGGCCGCGUGUUGUGGUGCUGAUGCUGAGCAGACUGCACGUGCAUGAAUCCAUCAACUCAAUGCAGAGAUUUCACUCAAUCUGACUUACUGCAGCAUCACAGCAGAGCAUCUCUCAUCACUUGGCUCCUGUAUGCAGCUGUAGUGGCUGACGUAUGGGCCGCUCUCCGGUGAGUCUGUCCAGACUGAAGCUGGGGAAGUUAAAGGUGGUCCGGCGGCAGCUGCUGCAGCGAUAUGAACACCAGCCGUUCGUCUCGUGUCUGGCCGGUCUGUAUGGCUGUCAGUGGAGACGCUAUCAGAGAGCCAGAGCUCAGCCGGGUGAAUGCUGCUGCAGUCGGCUGGAGUUUUGUAGUUUCACUCUCAUCAUUGUGACAUUUUUCCUGACGCUGGUGUUGUUGUAUUUCUGGAGUGAAGCUCAGAAUGAUUAUGAUGACUUUGACUGGUUUAACUUUGGGAAUUUGGGGUUCUGGUUCCCGUGGUCAGUGGUUCUGCUGGUGGUCGUCAUUGUGCUCUUCACUUACAUCGCCCUCUUGUUGGUCCUGGCGGUUUGUCUUCUGUCUGAAGGUCAAAGGCUUUACCUUCAUUGGAGCCACAAGAUAGGUAUCCUGGUGACUCUCAGUUUCUCCAUCAGCGCUACAGCCGUUCUCUCUGACUUAUGGAGUAACGAAUGGACAACACUUCUCCUGUCAUUUCAGGUCACAGCGCCGUUUCUUCAUGUGGGCGGAGUUUCCCUAUUGACGCUUCUGUCUUGGCCAAUAGCCUUACACUUCUUUCGCAUGAAUAAAAGAGUGAGACAGGUGGCUAUCCUGAGUUUGUAUUUGGCUGUUCUCUUCACACUGUAUCUGGUGCCGUUGGGUAUGUACUCACCCUGUAUCAAAGAUAAAGGCACACUGGGUCCAGCACCCAUCCUCUUCGGUCACAGGGGAGCACCCAUGCUGGCACCAGAAAACACACAGCUGUCCUUCCAGAGAGCCGUGGAAGCGGGUGGCGAAGGAUUAGAGACGGAUGUUACAAUCAGUUAUGAUGGUAUUCCAUUCCUGAUGCAUGACAGCACAUUGAAAAGGACAACCAACGUACACGAGGUGUUUCCCAACCGAACAGAUGCACCGGCAGCGAUGUUCACAUGGACCGAGUUGGAGACACUCAGUGCUGGAUCUUGGUUCCUUCAGAGGGAUCCUUUCGGCACGGCAUCUUCUCUUGAUGCAGACAUGAAGGAUCAGGUCCAGAACCAAACCAUACCCACUCUGAAAGAGUUUCUGAACCUGGCUGCACAGCACGGGAAAUUGGUGAUAUUUGACCUCAGACGUCCACCCAAAGGUCACCCGUACAGAGACACGUGGAUCACUCGCACCCUUGAGGUGUUACACAAUGAGUCGUUUAUUAACUCCAGCCAGGUGUUGUGGUUGCCGGCGGAUCAGAGGAGUCUGGUACAAGACCUCGACCCAGAUUUACAGCAGACGUCUGGAGAUCACGCAUCCAUAGAGGAACUGCAGGAAGAACACAUAGUCCGACUCAACCUUCAUUACAGUUACAUGUCACAGGAACAGAUCAGAAAAUACGCCUCAGUGAACAUCAGCACUAACCUGUAUGUGAUCAGUCAGCCGUGGCUUUAUUCAUUGGCUUGGUGUGCUGGCGUUCAUUCGGUCACUACAAACGCCCUUCACAUUCUGAAGCCACUGCGACGGCCUCUGUUUCUCAUGACUCCAGAAGAAUACAGUCUGAUGUGGAGCCUGACGGAUGUCAUCUCUGCUUUCCUCAUCGCUGCUGUUUUUAUAUUUCACUGGUGGCGUGAGAGAGGUUUACCCUUCUGGUCUGGUAGUAGACAGGUGAAUGAGAAUGGGCCGUACAGCAAGUUCAGGACUGACCCCUCUGAAGUGCAUGGCAUUCGCUGGAACCCUCUAUUCUUUGAUGGCCCAUCGCUCUCUCUGGAUUCCCAUCUCUCCCUGCAUGUUUCUCCUAUGCAUGGCUAUCCUGUACCCAUCUGACUCUUCAUCACUCUUAUUACUGCUGUGUGAGCCACGGUGAUGUUUCUCCUUUUCUUCCACGCCUUCGUACGGCAGAGCUCAGCGACGUCUGGUCCAUCUCAAGUGUCAUCGUUCAUGUGGAACCUCACAACUCACCGGUUACACCCAACCUGCCCACCAUCUCCGAAGAGCCGCCCGUCUGAUACGGAGAUCUUUUGGAAAGAGCAGUGGAGAGAUGCGUGGAGGAAGCUUCAGUUGAUGAUCAUCAUUGUGCGUCCAUUUCCAUGCACAUGAGCUUUAGAUCGACACAGAUGCUGCACGGAGCGGAGCUUCUGGUGUGAAGCGUUUCACAAAACCUCUCCGACAAAAGAUGGUUUUCCAUAGACAUUUCCCGACAGAACCUCACUGGAGGAAAAACUCCAAAUGGGUCAUAGCAUGGAAAUAAAGACACUGGAGCUGUUUUUAUAUUCACUUCAUGAGUAUCAUGUAAUUUGGACUUUAAAAUACGAAAUUGAUCUUAAGUGGCAUAUAAGAUGUAAAAAACUGACCCAGAAUUUGGAUCUGAGGACAAACACGCUGUUAUAUUUUACAUUGGAAAAUUAGGCCUUUUUUAGGAUCAUUAAGAUUGGGGUCAUUGUGACAUUUUUUAAAUGAAAGUUUGCACAUUUUUUCACAAUUUUUACAGUAGAUUUUUUAUUAUUUAUUUUUAUUAUUAUUUUAUUAUUAUUGAAAGUUAUUAUUUUUCACAAUAAUUUAUAUAAAUGUAAUAAUCAUACAUUUAAAAAUAAAUUUGAUGUUUAUACAUUUAAUAUACAUUUAAUGAUUUAAUAUAAACUUAAUAUUUAUACAUUUAUAAAUAAAUGUGAUGUUUAUAUAUUUAAUAUAAAUGUUAUGAUUUAACAUAAAUAUAAAUGAAUGUAGUACCAUAGAUACUACAAUAAUAUAAACAUACAAAUGAUAUAUAUUUCACAUUAAAAAAAAUAUAAUUUUCUAUUUAGUUAAUCAGGGUUUGGGGGGGUGAAUUAAUGUGUUAAACCGAAAAAUGUCACAAUGCAAGAUAUCUAGUCAUAAAAAGUUUGGAUUUUAGGGUAAAAUAAUUAAAAAUAACUCCCUUAAAAGUACAUUCUUGGUCUAAUAUAAAACUUCUGUACUUUGAUUUAUGUAUUAUGUAUUGCAAUAAUCGUGGUACUUACAUGCUAUUUCUUUAUGGCAUACCAUGGUAGUGCCAUCAGACAACGAUAUGAGAGGUCAUUCUGUUUCUCCAGCUUCUGUGAAGUUACUUUUCUUCAACAUGAAUGACUCAAUAAAAGGAGCUGUAUGUAUUAUUGACUUCUAGUGGUUAAACUUUUUAACCGCAGUCUAAAUUCAAAAUAUUGGAGACGUUUUUCCAUUCCCCUUUCUCGGGUUGCCAAACACAUACAGUACAGGAGCGCAACUGACGAUGGAAAGCAUGUUUAUCUUCUCAUUUUUACGUUUGCAAUUUUUUCAGCAAAUUACAAACCUGCUUGUGUGGAUUUUUAUAACUCUCAUUUCGGAGAUUGUGUCCACCAAAUAUCACAUUUAUGGGCCAUUGCAGUCUUAUUUAAGAAACCGUGAUAACUGGCAACAGAGCUGUCGAAAACUAUAGGGUAAAUUGGUGGGACCAAAAUAAAAACAGACAUUCUGAAACACAAAAAAAAAUGAUUUAUCAACAUAUAUUUUAUGUUACAUUAGCUUAAAAAAAAACAAGUUAAAAUUGUUUAACCUGUCAAUUUAAAAAUCUUAAUUUAUCAUUAGUGAAAACUUUAAAAAUUAGGUUGAAUUGACUUGCAUAAAGUUGUCUGAACUUCAUGCUGCAUUUUUCUUAACAGUGCACGGAAAGCAGAUUUCAAAAAGAGAUUAACUGGCUACAGAAUUGUUUUUCAGAGAAACAGAUACGUGAACUUAGCAUGUUUCCUAAAUAUCUACAAAUAUUUAUUUUAUUUAGUACAGUCAAAAACCUACAUACAGCUCCUUUAAUAUCCAGAUGCUCAAACUGUAGUGCUUGGCAAAAAAGAAAGAAAGUACUUGUCAUUGCAAAGGCAUUUGAAAUAUUUCAGACUCCUCUGGAAAUAUUUAAGAUUUCAGGUCUUUAAGAUUUAAGUAAAACAUCAAAUAAAAAACUGUAACGACAAUCUGGAAGUUUGAAGUUAGUGUAAUGUUUUCUGGGAGGACAUACAGUACAGUUUUCUUCUGUUCAUUGAGUUACAGGCCAAACAUGCCAAGAAAUAUAACCAGCUUAAAGAUGUAUGCAAGUGACCAAUAAAUUAUAAUACAGAUGUUGUUCAAAAUGUGCCAGUCAAGAAUUAAACUGCAGUCAACCCGCAUCAUGUGACUCACAGUGACUGCAUACAUACUGUACCUCCAGAUGUGUGAGCUUUCCAUGGAGUGAUGAAACUUUUUUUGCCUGUAUAAAAUGCAAUGUCUAGUACUGAUUUUAUUUACUUCAUGUAAAUAACUAUAUGUCUUAAUGUAACAUAUGUCUGUAUAUAUAUGAUUGUAAACUGAUCUUAAACAGCA